AUGGAGGCUGGAGGGCUGUGGGUCAUGCUUUGUUUUCUUCUUCUGGUGUGCUGCUCGCUCCAGCAGACCUCCUCCAAGAAGAGAACUGGCAAAAAAGACUCUGUGGACGCUGCUGCUGUUGAGAAGCUGCAGAAGCAGAUUGAUGACAUUGUUCAGGAGCUGAACUUGUUGAAGGAGCAACAAGCUUUACAGACAGUUUGUCUGAAAGGCGUCAAGAUCUUGGGCAAGUGUCUCCUGUCCAGCCCAGUGAAGAAGACCUUCCAUGCAGCCAGUGAGGACUGCAUCUCUAAAGGAGGCAGCCUGAGCACCCCUCUGACAGGAGAUGAGAACGACCAGCUGUACAGCUACGUGCGCCAGAGUCUGGGUCUGGAGGAACACAUUUGGCUGGGCAUCAACGACAUGGUAACGGACGGUCAGUGGGUGGACCAGUCGGGCUCCGGCGUGCGCUUCAAGAACUGGGAGACAGAGAUCACCCAGCAGCCAGACGGAGGCCGCAGCCAGAACUGCGCCAUCCUCUCCACCACGGCCAACGGGAAGUGGUUUGACGAGAGCUGCAGAGCCGAGAAGGCCUCGGUGUGCGAGUUCAACAUCGUCUGA